UUAAUUUUGGGUUGGUAAUUAUUGGCUUAUGUCACCCCCCUGGUUCUAAAAUAUAAAUUCAGCCCCUGGUAGCCAGCAGCAAUCCAGUUCUAAUUACAAACUAAGUGUCGGAAGAGUGAUAUUCAACCAUGCUGACGAGGAAACAAUUGAACGAUGCCUUGGCCGCUUGCGGAUACUCUGAAGUCAGCAGCAGUCUUGGCACCAUUAUCGUCAACCAGAUCAAUGAUAUGACCAACAAUAGCAACGAGAUAGCUAUGUUCCUGGCGCAAGUGAUUCACGAAAGUGGCGGAUUUGUUCAUCGUGAAGAAUGGAACAAGGGAGCAGGUCAAAGCUACGUUCCUUACUAUGGCCGAGGCUUCAUUCAGCUGACCCACGAUUACAACUACAGGGCUGCUUCAUUGGCGAUCUUCGGAGAUGAGCGGCUUGUCGAUGAACCCAAUAUGGUUUUCGAUGAUUUGGAGUUAUCGAUGCGCGUUUCGAUCUGGUUCUGGGAGACGAUUGUCCGGCCCAAGGGAGGACCCCGGAACAACAAUUUUGGACUAACAACUGAUGCGAUUAAUGGAGCCUUGGAGAAACCGGGCAGCGAGCUUGCUCGCAGGAGAUAUCAAUUAUAUACUAAUAUUGCCAGGGUUUUUGGAAUUCAGAAUCUGGCCAAGGAAUACUAACAUUUAUAUCUCUGAAACUGAAAAAACAUGAGGUAAGAUAGCCAAAUCGAUGGUAAGAAAAUAAAGGGUUGCAGUGUAAUGAUUAUAAAA